ACCUUGAAUGAGUGCUUGUGAACUAUCUAUAAAGAAGAAUUUUAAAACAGGAAAGCACAUGUGAUCUAAUGUUUUAAAAUUUUACAGUAAAUAAUAAACAUGAUAAAAAUAAAAGAAAUCUUUUUUUAAGUUGGUGUCUGAGUGGUUAAUGUUUUAAAAUGCUAAAAUUUAUUUCUUUCCUCUUCCAAGCAAAACCUGUCCUCUCAUGGCUCCAUCCCUGACCUCACUUUCCACUCCCUUCUCCUCUCCUAUUCCUUCUCUCAAACCAAACCCUAAGCAAAUCACCACAAACUACAAUCACGUACGCUGCGGCCCACGAGGCAACCGUGGCCCCCUGGUCAGGGGUCGAAUCCUGAGCACCGAGGCAAUUCAAGCAAUCCAAGCCCUCAAGCGUGCACACCGCUCCACCGCCGCCAACCUCCCGUCCCUCUCCCGUCUCCUCAAGUCCGAUCUCCUCGCCGCACUACGAGAGCUCCUACGUCAAGAUCAGUGUACCCUCGCCCUCCACGUUCUCUCCACCGUCCGAUCGGAGUACCCGCCCGUCGAUCUCAACCUUUACGCCGAUGUAGUCAACGCUCUAGCCCGAAACGGCAAGGUGGAUGAUAUCGACCGUCUGAUCAAUGGCUCGCUUUCAAUUUCCGAUACUGAUGAUGACGGGAAGGGGCUGAUUAGGCUGAUUAAAUCGUUGAUUGGAGCUGGGAGGAGAGAGUCAAUGGUGAGAGUUGUAGGGUUUAUGAGGGAAAGCGAGUGGAGAGGUGAUGAUGAAUAUGUGGUAAUGGUUUUGAGUAGGGGAUUGAGAAGUGUGGGUGAGUCACGGUUGGCUGGUGAGGUUGAAAAGGAAUUUGGUGGUGUUGUUAGGGGUAAUUUAGACUAUUCAUAAAUUGACAAUUUCUUAAUUACUUUUACCAAAUUGCCAUUCUCUGGAGUAAAA